GAAACAUUAAAUUACAUGUCUUCUGCUGCUGUUCAACUUGCUAAUCCAAAGUCUGAAGUUGCCCGUCGAGGUCAGGCUCUGCAGCUCAACAUCAAUGCUGCUUUGGGCUUGCAGGAAGUUGUCAAGACCAACCUUGGUCCAAAGGGAACCAUCAAAAUGCUUGUUGAUGGAUCUGGCGGUACUAAACUGACCAAGGAUGGCAAGGUCUUGCUCUGUGAAAUGCAAAUUCAAAACCCAACUGCUACAAUGAUUGCUCGUGCUGCUACUGCCCAAGAUGAGAUCACUGGUGACGGCACUACUUCCAACGUACUCCUUAUUGGUGAACUUUUAAAACAAGCUGAACGUUUAGUCUCGGAAGGCUUGCAUCCUCGUGUCAUCACCGAGGGAUUCGAAAUCGCUAAAAAAGAGGCUCUCAACUUUCUGGAAAAGUUCAAGGUGUCCCGAACAAUGGACCGCGAAACUCUCAUUAGCGUAGCUCGUACUUCUCUUAGAACCAAGAUUCGUCAAGAACUUGCAGAUUCCCUUACCGAAGCCAUUGUCGAUGCUGUCAUGUGCAUUCAUCAAAAAGGAGAACCUAUUGAUUUACACAUGGUUGAAAUCAUGAAAAUGAUGCACAAGGAUGACAUGGAAACUCGUCUUGUCAAGGGUCUUGUGAUGGACCAUGGUGCUCGUCACCCUGAUAUGCCCAAACGUCUUCAAAAUUGCCAUAUCCUCACUCUUAAUGUCUCUUUGGAAUACGAGAAAAGUGAGAUCAACUCUGGGUUUUUUUAUAGUAGUGCCGAGAAACGUGAACAGCUUGUUGAAUCUGAGCGUCGAUUUGUCGAUGUCAAGAUUGCCAAGAUUGUCGAGUUCAAGAAUCAGGUCUGUAGCAACUCGAAAAAAACGUUUGUCAUCAUUAACCAAAAAGGUAUCGAUCCUCUUUCUCUCGAUGUGCUCUCCAAAAACGGCAUCUUGGCUCUUCGUCGUGCUAAACGUCGAAAUAUGGAACGUCUGCAACUCUGCUGCGGUGGUAUUGCACAAAACUCGGUUGAUGAUUUGACCCCAGAUGUUCUUGGUAGCGCUGGUCUCGUCUACGAGCACGUUCUUGGCGAAGAAAAGUUCACCUUUGUUGAAGAGGUUGCCAAUCCCAAAUCCGUCACUCUUUUACUUACUGGUCCCAACUCUCACACCAUUGGCCAAGUCAACGAUGCUGUUCGUGACGGUCUUCGCGCUGUUAAAAAUGCCAUUGAAGACGAACACCUUGUUCCUGGUGCUGGUGCUUUCCAGAUUGGUCUUCAUGCCCACUUGAUGAAGUUUAAGGAUCUUGUCAAGGGUCGCACCAAGAUGGGUGUUGCUACUUUUGCCGAAGCCAUGCUAAUCAUUCCCAAGGUUCUUGCACAGAAUGGUGGAUUUGAUGCUCAAGAUGUUAUUGUGUCCCUCCAGGAGGAGUUUGCUCAAGGACAUAUUGUCGGUGUUGAUCUUGUAACUGGCGAGACGCUCGAUCCUAUCAUUGAGGGUAUCUGGGACAACUACCGUGUUCACCGUCAGAUGCUCAAUUCUUGCUCUGUUAUUGCUAGCAACUUUUUGCUUGUUGAUGAAAUGAUGAGGGCCGGUCGUUCGAGUCUUAAACAGUCGAAUGUUGAAAACUAAAAAUGGUUUUGCAUACUAAAUAAACAAUUGAUUCUUAUGUUCUAUUUCAUC